AUGGGAAAUGCAGUGUCUCCAUGUUUCCAAGGAAACCCUAGCUCCUCCGUGAAGCUAAUAUUCUGGGGAGGAACCACGAGAAUCCUCACCGGAUCAAAACAUACUGCCGGAGAGAUCAUGUUCGAGUUCCCCGACAAAAUGGUUUGCCAUUCAGACUCAUUCUUUAUCGGCCACCCGGUCCCUGCCUUGGGCAUAGAAGACGGACUCUUGCGUGGCCAAACCUACUUUGUUCUUCCCAUCGAUCGCUUUGCAUGCGAUGUCAUCUCGGCCUCUUCUCUUGCAGCCUUCGGUUCAAGCCCUAAAAAUUCACCCAUCAAUUUCGGGGACUGCGCCCAGCCGUUCCAGUACAUAAAGGGUGCGGAUGGAAGGGGUUUAAUCAAGGUCGUGCCGGAGUUCAUAACAAGGCUUAUAACAACAUCAGGAAAUAAUAGGGAAAUUAAUGGAUCUUGCAGUAGUCCCCUUUGUAGCACGCCUGAGUUGCAGAAGCACUACGAAGAGCUUGUUGUGUCUAAGGAACAACUUUGGUCACCUAAGCUUGAAACCAUAUCAGAGUACAAGGUUAGGUUCUCACCCUGCAGAUUUAUAGGGUUGGAGUUGAAACAGAAAGAGAAAGUAAUCAAGGGGUAA